AUGCCGAACACAUCUUCGCCGCUGUUAGCGGCACAGGAGCAGGCCGCGAACGCGGACGAAGCCCUUGCGCAGGGCUUGCUUAUCCCCUCGGCCGAAGCGCACCAAAAGGCUGCUCAAGCUUAUCAGGAAUGCGUAGACGCAUCCAGCGACGAGAGCGCGAGAACCACACUUCGCCGCUUGGCCGCACAUCACGCAAAGCAGGCUGCCGACCUCAACACUCGCAUCGCCCAACUUCGCAAAGACGGCGUCGACCCCGCACGCCCACAGAAGACGAAUUAUCGCGCCGGCCCUUCGUCCAUUCCGCCACACAUGCACCCAGGACCGUCAGCCUCGCCUCCUCCGCACGGCUCGCGGAGUAGACUGAGCGACAGCCAGCACACCGUCGACGAGUCAUUCAUGUUGCUUGGUCAACAGAGCGCAGACGCGGGCGAUGCCUUCAACCAUUUCUGGAAAGCUAUGGAGCGCCUCGAUACACUUGCGCAACCGGUCGCAUUCGCUACGGCCUCACUCGGCCUGACCGAACCAAAAGGUCACGGCUCGCAAUCCUCGACCGAAUCAGACGACUCGGAUAUGCCCCGCUCGAACCGCAAAAGCCGCAAACCCGCGCGCGACGAUACAUUCAUGACCGCGCACGAGGGCGAACUCGGUCGGAGUGUCAAGGCUUCCGUGGUAGACUUGAAAGGCGACUUCGAUGAGAUAGCUGAAGAAGAUUACGACUCGUCCGACUCGUUCUGCUUCGUGCCUUCCAAAUCCGAGCCCUCGCCUGGCGUACUCAAAGUCGAAAACGACGCGCUCAAAGAGCAAGUCACGCGUCUCCAAUCCCAACUCGCGUCCGCGCAGAAAGCGCUACAGCAGCGAACAGAACAAGAUCAGCAACUCCGGGAUAAUAUCGCACUCGCACGGCGCGAAGCCCAGCGCGCGAUGGGCGCCUCGCUCGUCGCGGGCCGUUCCGGCAUCCUGCCUCCCCAAUUCGGCGCCUCACUACACGUGCCCGGUCAGCCGCCGAGCGCCAGUACAUCUCCCGUGCGCGCGCCUAUCCCGCCACCAGCCGUGACAUCACCCUCGCACCCUCUCCCACCGAUCCCGAUUCCCGCGCCUCCCGCGAUCACCGUACAGUCCCCGUCCAUCUCAUCAUCCUCUUCGUCCGCCGCCGCGGAUAAGCGUGUGAAGGAGCUUGAGGAGGAAGUGAAGAACGUGAAGGAGGAGUUGAGGGCGGCACGAGUGGAGAAUGAGAAGCAGAAGGCGAUGAUUGCCAAGUUUAGGGAGAGGUGGGAUAAGCUCAAGGAGAGCGCGAAGAGGAAGAGGGAGGCGAAGGCCGCUGCGGAACAGCCGGAGAGAAUCGUAGAGGAGCCUGAGGCGGAAGCGGCUGCUGAGGCUGGAGAGGGUCUUUGA